ACUGGGGGUUUCAGUUUAGUUUGGCGUGAGUCGCGGUACAGUUCGGUGUUUUGUGCGUUGCUGCGACCGUUUUACGCUCGAUGUCGUUCAUUUCCGCAGUUUAGUUCCAUAAAACGCCGCACACUGUUCGGCGGCGCCUUUGUACGGACUCGUCGUAUUCCUGACUAGUAGUAUACUCGUCGUUACCGUUGUCGUUACCGUCGUCGUCAUCGUCGUUGUCUUCGUCGUGAUCGUGGUCGUGAUAGUGGUCGUGGUCGUGGUCGUCAUCGUGGCCGUUGUGGUCAGUACUGCUCGAUAUCGCGUAUCGUUUGACUAUUUUUCUUUUCCACUCCCCCCUCCCCGAGAGCUUGAACAGGCCUGUGCCGUUGUAGUUUCGGAGGCUGGUGUGUACGGUCGGCGGUAAGGUGAAAGUAAAUCCCGUCGAGAGCUUACUCGAAUGCCAGGGAAGCUGAUCGUACGUCGCGAAAUCGCGUACAGAUCGAGCACGCGACGUCGCCGUUGUUGCCUGGACAAGCCGCGUCUCGGCUCGAGAAGAAGUGAAUAUUCGCACUCAAACCUAGUACCAACAUCGCGUUUCCUCUACGCUAUCGUUCGACCACCAACGAUACGGCAUCGCAUUGUGUACGUACGCGGCCAGUAUGCUCCACUACCAUAGAGGAUAGCGUUAGCUACUCCGAUUCUCGUAUGCGUGUUGCCGCACAUACGGCUCGCAUGCUCGCACAUACAAUCACCGACAAUUCGGUGGCGCAAUAAGAAAAAUGUCGGGAAUAGGUAAAAGGACGUAUCUUCGCGAGGUGAACCCCUACCUUAUUUGUCCGCUGUGCAUAGGAUAUCUUAUAGACGCGACUACCGUCGUCGAGUGUUUACAUUCGUUUUGUAGGAGCUGUAUCCUGAAGCAUCUGAACAGGGAAGCUCACUGUCCUUCGUGCAAACAUGUUCUCAACAAAGCCAAGCCGAACAUCAAAGCGGACAAGGCGUUGCAAGAUAUCGUGUACAAAUUGGUACCCGGACUGUAUCACAAAGAGAUGCGCAAGAGAAGGGAAUUUUACAAAAAACAUCCUGAACAUGCGGAUUUAGCGACACCAGAACAACGCGGAGAAGACGUGAGCGGAAGGUUGAUCUUCGCUCCAGAAGACGCAGUUAGCUUGAGCUUAGAAUAUCUACCGCCCGGGGCAGAUCCUCUGACCAUCCUUCUUAGCACCAACGACGAUACCAACAACGCGAACAACAGUCAAAGCAAUAGCGGUAACAACGGUAGUAAUAAUAGCAAUAGCAACGGUAUUGGCAAUCAUAGCGCAAACACAAGUAACAGGCGCUACCUUCAGUGUCCGGCACUUGUGACUAUCGCGCAUUUAAAGAAAUUCCUAGCUUUGAAAUACAGCGUCGAUAUGACGAGAUACAACAUCGAAAUUUGCCAUCGACGUGCUCCGCUUCCGGAACACUGGACUCUCAUGGACGUCGCUUACAUUUACGCGUGGAAAAGGAACGCACCGAUGAGAUUUUUUUACCGAGUAGCGUUGGAAGAGCAGAGAUUAGAGGCACCUCCUCACGACCGGCCAUCCACGCCAGGUUUAGGUGCUAGUUUGCCUCCUGUUGACGCGGUAACACGGGAUGACGAUAACUCGGAGAAGCCUGAGAACGGUAUUGAAUCUAAGCCGGAAACGGAGCUUUCGAACGAUACCGAGGAGAAACCCGCGUUGGACAAUCAGAGCAAAGUCUCGAACGAAAAUCAAGCACCCACGAAUGAAACCAAGGAAGCGACUACUAAAGAGGAACAACCGUCGACUACGGUAACAACGUCGACAAGCGCGACGUCGACGACGGUUUCUGUAGCAUCGACAAAUAGCACAUCGACGACGGUUUCUGUAGCAUCGACAAAUAGCACAUCGACGACGGUUUCUGUAGCAUCGACAAAUAGCACAUCGACGACGGUUUCUGUAGCAUCGACAAAUAGCACAUCGACGACGACAGCAACCGACACGAUUGCCUCGUCCACGUCCACGUCCACGUCUACCUCCACGUCCACGUCCACGUCCAUGUCCACGUCCACGUCCACGUCCACGUCCAUGUCCACGUCCACGUCCACGUCCACGUCCACGUCCACGUCUACGUCAAAUAGCGAAACUAAACAAAUUAAAACACCUAUUAAAAUAUUGAAGAAUCCAGACGGAAGGUACGAAGUCUUAAGGAGUCCGCCAGGUAGUUGGAAUUCGAAAGAACAGAGUGCUAGGAGCAUUGAAACGAAACCAGCGAAUCCAGAAUUUAGUGUCGUGAGUAUAGGCAACGGUCAGAAUUCGAACGGAGUGAAAAUCACGUUGAAGCAAUGUACGCCGAACAAUGCGAGUCCCAGCAAGCCGAAAGUUAUCAGCAACGUGUUGUUGCAUUGCGGUCAGGUUGACAAAGAUAACCCUGAUUCGUUAGUGAUACAGCAGCUUCACAGAGAUAAGGAGAAACGUCAGACAGAGAAGCAGGAGAAGCAAAAGAGGAGGGUAACUUUCGUAGAACAACGAUCUGUCCCUGAGAAGACGGUGACUAGCAACGCGUUAAAGAGUAUACAGAAGAAACCAGGGGAACAACAGGAGAAGAAACAGUUCCUCCAAGGUUUUCAGUUAACAGCCAGGGAGUCAGCAACCGAAAUGGCUUUAGAGUCUUCCUCCAAGUUUAACGAAGCGAAUACCAACAAUGAGACGAAUGAGACGCGAAACAAGAGCAAUGCCACGUCGAAGAAGGAGGACGGUAUAGCGACAGAAACUUCGAAUAAUGUAAACGAGAAUUCAAAGAAUAAGAGCAACAACGAGAACAUUGGGGUAAAUGCGAGUGGGAACGCUGCGAGUGCGAAUAAACGGGUUGCAACUAUGGCCGGAAUUGGCAACGCGCGAGUGAAUGCAAAUAAACAGUGCAGUGACGUGGAUAUGUGCACAUUUGGAUACUCGAAGAAUACGAACGUAGGUAUGAACAUCAACGUAAAUAGCAAUCCCGCGAAGAUGGAUGUGUAUACGUUUUCCAACGACCCACCGGUAGUUCCCGCGGGAGCUGUGAAAAGGAAAUGUCCGCCAGGUCUACCGAUCCUCGAUAUCAAGAGAAAGAAGCAACAGCAUAUUUCGAGCCAAGUGCCGAAGAAGCAGACUCAAGUACAUCCGCCUGCAGUCGUGCAAAACAACGCCAAGUCGCCUCGAAAACUUCCAAUGGAGCACGCUAUUUCGGCGAAACGAGCCGCGAACAUAGUCGCAGAAGCUGGUCCUAGUCGAGCACCCACGACACCAAGUUCGAAACCUUCGCCGACUCCGGUACUUUCCAACGACACAAGGAAUAUAUUAGACGGUUGCGGAUUGAACAUUCCUGCGAGCCUCAGUAUAACUCUGACAGCGCCAAAAUCACCCGCGAACAAUGUUGGAUUUAUCGAACCGAACGAUCCCAAAGAUAAUCGAAAGAAUACGCUGGGAAAAGUAAGUCCCAGUAUAACUCUUAACGAUAGAUCGGUCGAUCCACGAGUACUGAAAGCCUUGAAGACGGGACAGAUUAGAAUGCCCGCACCGUCGAAACCAAGGCAGCCUAAGCAGUCGGAACGCGAUGCGAACCAACAACGGCAGUCUUCAUCCGCUAAACGAGAAAGGGACCAGGAAUCGAGAGACAUUUUGGAUCUCAGCGGAGGGAAGAAGAUGGACAUACAUCCGUUGAGAAUACCACAGCCAGUGACGAAACUUAAAGCAAAAUCGACGAUCAGAGAAAUGCCAAAUAUCUCGGAUCAGGGACAAGUUGUAACGCUCGUUGGUGGCCAUAGAUAUUAUCGCGCACCACCAGGUUCUUUGACUCCAGCAGCGCAUAGAGUGAACGAUUGUCCGCUUCCAACGCCUUCGAGAACACCGGUUUACGCACCUGGAUUCUCCAGUCCUUUGAGCAACAGCAGGUACAACACAAAUCUUUCAUCCGUUUUUCCCAGUCUGCAAAGUCUGUAUGCCUUGAGCCAAGCACCGAAUCUUCAGCAGUUUCAGACAGACGCAAGGUUAAGGCUACCUCGAGGGACGGACGCGAAUUCCACCAUAUCGAACAACGAUAAUCGAAAUAUGAACGCUAAUGUAUCCGGGAAAAGUCAUCUAGCUGCCCAAUGCGCGCCAGUGAAACCGGUAAGAUCGUCUGUAGCGCCUUUGGCUGUUGCGAUAACUAAACAACAACAACAACAACAAUCGAACGAUAAAUCAGCGUGUAUAAACAAAUCCGUCUCGAAUGAGAUUAGUAAAACAUCUGUGUUUCGCGGUAACGAAUCUCUCGACUCCACGGAGUCUGGUCAACAAUUGUCCGUCCAAACCAAGUACUCGUCAGCCGCGGAAGCUAAUAAUCGAUACUCGCCGCGAGCUACCAAUAACAGCAACAUGAACAACGAAAACAAAACGUCUACCGAGGCGACUCGUGAUUCUAAUUUGGAAACUAGUAACGAUACAAGAAAGGAACCGGACAAUUCGUCGCGACAGACGCCUCAUCGCGAAGCAGCCAGUCCAAGAGUAUCAUCUACGGCUUCCCCAUCGCCACCACCUGGAGAUACUAAUGCGAAUACGAGUAACGAAACUACCAGCGGUCAUACCAAUAAUAUGAACACCGCUUCCAAUGGAAUAGACAGCGAUCUACCUGCACCGAGUCCGACGAAGAAGAACAACGUAGGUGCGGAGGUAUCGAGUAGCAAAUCGCCUGCUAGUCCAGACUCUAGCUCGGUAACUAUCGAAAGUCCUUCCAGCAAAAGUUGCACCACGGUGGAACAAGGAUGUCCUUCUCCCUCGCAAACGUCAGAUACGGUCAAAUCAUCGGAGAAUUCGACAAAGGUUGAGAAUAACGUUACAGAGGACUCGACGAACGAUAACGAAAACAAAGCUUCCACCAAGCAACCUGCCACGAAACAAUUGACUUCGGAGAUGUUUCAAAAAAGGUUGCUGGCUGCGUUUCCUUCUAACGAAUGGGCAAAUAACCCGAUAGCUGCGGAACACUUAGGUAACUUCUUGAAAAGUUUGAACGCGUCGAUCAAAUCAGAGAAUAAAAUGGAUAGCAGGGGAUCGGAAAAGGUCGAGAGCCAACUCACGUGCAACGAUGCAACGCGUUUAAAUAACGAGGUGUCGUCGAAAUCUCGAACAGACGUUGCCGAAUCAUCGUAAAUACAAGCAUUGAUUUAAGGACGAAUCGAACGCUUGCUGUUUGAACGAAGAAUACAUCAGCUACAUCACUGCCAGAUACCGAUGUAAUGUUAUCGAAUGACUCUUAACGUGGAUACGAGUACCAAUUUCUAAAUAAUUGAAAUGCUUUAAGGUCUUAUUAGGGGAAUACGGUACAAUACAGGGAAAAUACAGCACAGAUGCUGGAAAUUUUAUUUUUUCAAAUUUUUUAAGGCCAUACAUCCCUCAAGAAAUUUCAUCCAUAUGUGUAGUUGCUUUGUCGAAACAACAAUGUUCUACGAGUCGCUCGAUUUCAACUAAAAAUAUCAUUUUAAGCGAUUAAUGGACAAAAAUAUGUUUAUCAAAUAUGAUUGAUAUUAUUCGUAGAUUGAUUUUAUUUCUAAUGUGAAAAUUGUUCCUACUUCGGUCCACACUAUGAUUAUGCGAAAGCAGAACGUUCAUCGAAGUACCUCGCAAUUGUGUAAAAAUUCGUUGCCAAGAUUUUAAUUUUCGAUUAUUCAAACUCCAUGAUUGAUUACGUGAAACGCAAAGCUAAUCAGCACAACGAAAAAUCGAAUAGCCGAUACCGAACUUGCUUUCCUAUUCGUUUGACAAUUAUAAAACGUGUACGUAAUAAGAAACAGAGGGACCGAAAUUAAAAAAGAAAAGAAAUCGAAGAAACUAGAUACAAUUAUUUGCGAAACGUAUGAAUGAUAUCUAUGCUGUUGUUAUUUCAUCAUUUACUUUUGCGUUACGUUUUACUAUGAGUUAUUAUUAUGUAUAUGUUGUAUAAUAAUUGUUAUGUUAUUCGACUGUAUUAUAUUAUAUAUAUUAUUUCUUUAUAUGUAUAUAUUUAUUGCGCUGAUAUGUCAUCCUUACAAGAUGCGCGCAAAAUCCUAUUACUUUGUAAGAUUCAAUUUUAAUCGAUCGAAAAUUCGUGUGAAUGUACAUCGUUCAAAUUUUAAAACACAAUUGCAUGCAUGUUGAUUUUUAAACGACAAGAAACUGACAUGUAAUAACAAAAGAAUAUAUCAUUAUAUACUUAAACUAAAAA